AUGACUGCUGUUUUGCAUCUCCUGAAUACCGGUGAUCAUAUGAUAUCGGCUUGUGAAACGUACGGCGGAACACGAACACUCUUCAUGCACUAUACCAAAUCGCUGGGAAUCGAAAUUGAUUUUGUUGACUCAACCGACACAAAUUCGGUUAAAUUGGCCAUCAAAUCGAACACACGAUUAAUUUGGAUCGAAACACCGAUGAACCCUUGUUUGAAAGUCUCCGAUAUUGCGGCCAUAGCGGAAGUGGCCCAUUCGCACAAGGAAAAUGAGAUAAUUUUUGCCGUUGACAACACAUUUUUGACCUCAUACUUCCAGCGUCCAUUGGAAUUGGGUGCGGAUAUUGUCGCUUAUUCGCUGACAAAAUACAUGAACGGUCAUAACGAUGUGAUGGCUGGUGCUCUCGUUGUUAAUAACACGAAAAUUUAUAAUGAUUUGAAAUUCAUUCAAAGCAAAUAUGGGUUGAUAGUCUCACCUUUUGAUUGUUAUCUAGUAAAUCGUGGUCUCAAGACAUUGCCGUUGCGCAUGCAGAAACAUUGCGAAAAUGGUAUAACCGUAGCCAGAUAUUUGACGAUGCAUCCGAAGAAAUGUAUUGUGGAAGUAAGAAGUGCGUGCCUUCAUGAACAAUUGAAGAAAAAAGUGAAUUUUUUGAAACAGCCGCGAUUCAUGGGAAUCAAAAAGACAAAUUAA